AUGUAUUUAAUUGUCAAAGGACAAGUGAUGAUUACUGAAGAUGUACAAAACCCUGUUACUAAACUUAUGGAGAACACUGAACGUUGCAAAUUGAAGGAAAAACAUUCUUUUGGCGAAAGUGAUGUUAUGUUUAACACACUUAGAACCAAUUCUGUUCAAUCAUUAAGUGCGGUGGAAUUGAUUAGCAUUUCGAAAAAUGAUUUCACGGACAUUAUCAAAGAUAAUUUGCAACUAAAGUGGAAUGAAAAUGCAAAAGCAAUUAAAAAUUCUUCAUAUUUUAAACACCUGAGUUUGAUGGAAUUACAUAAGUGUAGUACUAUUUCAUCUAUCAAAACAUUUAAAGGUCAUGAAUAUGUUCUCGGAAAAGGAACAGGAGAUGUUGAUUAUGCUUACUUCGUAUUAGAAGGUGAAAUAUCUUUAAUACUGCAUUUGGAAAUCGAAGAGAUUGUUAAAAGUUAUAGAAAUGUAAGGUUCAAAGUGUACAAAUUAAGAAAGACUUCGGAAAAAUUGAAUAAAAAAAAAUAUUCAAAUGUAUAUGUCGACACUUGUACAUUUUUACCGGACUCGUGUUUUAACAUUGGUGAAAACGUAAAGGAUAAAGAAUUUAUGACCACUCAUAUUGCCGAAACAAAAUGCUUGUGCGUUCCUCUUUGGUUCAUGGCCGAAACACAAAAACUUAAAUGUUGGGAACUUGUAAAGUUGGAUCUCAAUUCCAUUAUUCCAUCUAAGGACCAAGUAUUUUCAAAACUCUAUCCAGGAGGUGAUAAAUUAAAAUAA